AUGGCGCAGAUGCUGUACCGCUGCAACUUCCUCGCGCUCGUCGGCGGCGGGGAUCACCCGCGGUACCCGAAGAACAAGGUGGGAAAUUACCCCGGAAAUUGGGGUGAUAAUAUGGGACGACAACCAGGGCCUGGCGGUGGGGGAGCUGUCGUUCCGCUCGGAGGCGCGAAGGAGUCCGUCCGCCCCGCCAUUCCCCACAUCGCCCCAUCCCCUGGCCUCUCCCCCUUCCCCCCCCCCCCCCCUUCCCCCCCCUUGCAGGUGAUAAUAUGGGACGACAACCAGGGCCUGGCGGUGGGGGAGCUGUCGUUCCGCUCGGAGGUGCGCGGAGUGUGCCUGCGGCGCGAGCGCGUGGUGGUGGCGCUGGCGCAGCGCGUGUUCGUGUACGCGCUGCAGGACCUGCGCCUGCUGCUGCGCCUCCCCACGCUCACCAAUACGCGCGGGCUCGUCGCGAUCUCGCAGGCGCCCGCGCCGUUUGUUCUGGCGUGCCCGGGGGUGCUCCGCGGACAGGUCCGCAUAGAGCACUACCACGUGCACGACCCCCUCUCCCCCUCGCCCGCUUCCCCCUCCGCCUCCCCCUCCCCCUCCUCCCCCUUCUCCCCCCCGCCCUCCUCCUCCCCCGCCGCCUUCCCCCCGCCGCCCCUCACCAUCACCAUCACGGCGCAUGAGACGGCGCUUGCCGCCCUGGCGCUCACCCCGGACGGCACGCGCGUGGCGACUGCGAGUGUGCGCGGCACGCUUGUGCGCGUGUUCAGCACGGCCGAUGGCUCCAUGCUGCAGGAGCUGCGGAGGGGGGCGGACAGGGCGGAGAUAUACAGCCUGGCAUUCUCCCCCAACGCGCACUUCCUUGCUCUCUCCAGUGACAAGGGCACCGCGCAUGUCUUUGCUCUCUCCCCUCCUGCCUCUGGUUCCAGUAGCCCCCCUCCAGCUGCCACUUCUCACAUUGCUGCUCGUCCUGCUACUGUUUCUGCUGCUGCUGCUGCUGCUCAUGCUGCUGCUAUUGUGGCUCCUGCUCCUUCCGCUGCUAACCAAGUCUCUAAUCAAGACAGCAGCGGCAGCGGCGGUGGUGGUGGCGGUGGCGGUGGCGGUGGCGAUAGCGGCGCUGGGGUUGAUGGCGCAGGGGAAAGCAGGAGUGUGGGUGGUGGUAACGAUUCUGCUGCCAGGGCCUCUGUGCCUUCAUCUCGCCCUGCUCCCGCGCCCUCCUCUCGCACUAUUACCAAUCUCCCCUUGUCACCGCAAUCAGCUGGAACCGCACCCAGCCCCUCUCAACCGAACCCGCUCUCUCUACCCCAGUCUGCUUCCGCCCCUCUCCCCACCCCUCUCCCUCCGUCCUCCUCUGCUCCGUCUGCAUCUGAUGGUUCCCCAAGCUCUUCCUCCUCCUUCUCCUUCCCUUCUGUUUCUUUGGAUAGCCCUCCUGCUGCUGCUGCAGCUGCACCAUUUGAAGCAGUGGCAGUAGAAGCAGGAGCACUCGCAGGAGGGGCGGGAGAAGCAGGAGGAGCAGGAGGAGAAGGAGGAGCAGCCGUGCAAGAAGGGCCGAGGAGUGAUGCUGGCGGGGGAGAGGAAACAGCAGGAGGAGGGGCAACGGGAGGGGCUGGGGCAAGUAGUAGUGGUGUGGUGGGGAGCGGAAAAAGUGGUGGGUUGGAUGGGACUAGUGGUCCUGCUGGCUUGGGGGUGGGAAGCAUUGGUGUGAUGGGGGGCAGUAGCAGUGGGAGCAGUAUGAGCAGUAGCGGUGUGGAGGCAGAGGGGGAGGUAUCUGUAGCACUGAGACCCAAUCCAGGCUCGUCACUGUCAUUUCUAAAAGGAGUGCUCCCGCGCUACUUCAGCUCAGAGUGGUCUCUAGCCCAGUUCCGCCAUCUACCAGACUGCCGCUCUCUCGUGGCCUUCGGCGGCCAGAGGAACACGCUGCUCGUCGCGUGCAUGGAUGGCAGCUUCCACCGCCUGGAGUUUGACCCAGUGGGAGGGGGGGAGAUGAAGCGAGAAGAACACGCUGUUUUCUUCCACUCCUCCUCCUCCCCCUCUUCCUCCUCCUCCUUUUCCUCCUCUGUUACCUCCACCUCCGCCUCCCUCUCCUCCUCUCCCCCAUCCUCUUCCUCCUCCUUCUUGCUCCACAACACCACGGAUCAUUCCACAGCAGUCCUUACCAGCCCUGCAAGCUUUCCAGCAGCAGGGGGGACGGCAGGGAGGGCAGCAGGAGCAGGGGUGAGGCGGCUAGGGGAGCUUCUGGAAGGCCGGGAGAUGCGUGCAGUGGCAGAGGGUGGGGGUGACAGUAAGGGGACCUAG